AUGUAAAGAUGGUAAACACCUGCUAAGAGAAAGGCUAAUAUGUCAAUCAUUAUGAAAAUAAUAUGCAAGUUCAUGAUGCUAUCUAUCUCUCUUCUCCUGUCUAUUUCGUGUUAUUUUCUACCAAUCAAUCAAAAUAUCUUGGCUUUUCAUGGAAUUGUCUCUUGGUACACAAAAUUUAAGAUUUACCGGCUGUUUGUCACUUGGGCGGACACUGAAGAGCCGCUUGAAUGGUUAGUUCUGACUCUCAAUCAUCUCUCAUCCCAACUUCGGGGUUUUACCCAUGUUCAUAAGUCUUGGAACCCACUCGCAGCCUCUAGUUUAGCUUGCCGUCUUUGAUUAUCUCUCCGCGUUCUCAUUUAUCUCCUGUCCUCCCACGUCUAUAUCUUUCCUCUUUCCUCUUAUCGACAUCAUCAUUGUGUGAAUACCUUCAUUUGGCUAUUUUCACAUUCUUUUCGUCGCAAAACAAAUACACCUACCGCUUCACUCUUUCAGCGGGCAUUCUUUACGAGCAACUUUUACGAACGACCCUGUGGAAGGAUAUAACCUUACCAUAAGACGGUAUAAUACACGACAUAAUCUAUCACCGACAAGAUGAAAGCCGGAGUUAUCGCAGUAGCGGCUGCCCUCGCGGGUGGCGUUACUGCUAGGGACCUUGGGAGAAGACAUGGUCAUCAAGAUUUCCAUGGCAGAGGACUAUUGGCAACUGGAGCAUCAUCAUCCGAGUCAUGUGGUUGCACAACUGUUUGGUCUACCGUCACUGGUCAACCUCAGUGUAUGUGAUAUUCGUAUAUUCAUGGAGUAUGUUGUUACCGACAUUUUACUGACAUCUUAUCUUAGUAUACUUCCCGCCUGCUCCUACCGCUGGCUCAAGUGCUUCAGGUUCAGUCCCAUCUGGCCCAGCAGGCUCUGUUCCAUCUGGCUCACCAGGUACACCUGAGGCUUGUGCAGCUCAAUGUAGUGUAUCCUACGACAGCUGCCGCAGUGCACCAGAUGCAAACCGAUCCAGUUGUGCUUCUUCAUACGCUUCAUGCCUCGGAUACUCUCCAUAUGAUAACAAUGGAUCGCUCGUCACUCCAACUGCUUGCUCCAGCCAAGUAGCAUCAUCCACCACCGUUGCUCUGACCACUUCAGUUCCAGCAGGUUCAGUUCCAUCUGGCUCACCAGGUACACCUGAGGCUUGUGCAGCUCAAUGUAGUGUAUCCUACGACAGCUGCCGCAGUGCACCAGAUGCAAACCGAUCCAGCUGUGCUUCUUCAUACGCUUCAUGCCUUGGAUAUUCUCCAUAUGACAGCAAUGGAUCCCUUGUCACUCCAACUGCCUGUAGCCAAGUAGCAUCAUCUACCGGUGUUCCAACUGGUUCAGCUCCCGCAGGUUCAGUCCCAUCCGGCCCAGCAGGCUCAUCUCCAUCCGGCCCAGCAGGUUCAGUCCCAUCUGGUCCAGCAGGCUCAGCAGGUUCUCCUCCAGCAGGCUCAUCCCCAUCGGGAUCGGCAGGUUCCCCUCCAGCAGGCUCAACCCCAUCUAGCCCAGCAGGCUCUACCCCAGGAAGCUCUACCCCAGGAAGCUCUACUCCAGGCAGCUCAACUCCAGGAAGCUCUACCCCAGGCAGCUCUACCCCAGGAAGCUCAACUCCAGGAAGCUCUACCCCAGGAAGCUCAACUCCAGGCAGCUCUACCCCAGGAAGCUCUACCCCAGGCAGCUCAACUCCAGGAAGCUCUACCCCAGGAAGCUCAACUCCAGGAAGCUCAACUCCAGGCAGCUCUACCCCAGGAAGCUCUACCCCAGGCAGCUCAACUCCAGGAAGCUCUACCCCAGGAAGCUCAACUCCAGGCAGCUCUACCCCAGGAAGCUCUACCCCAGGCAGCUCAACUCCAGGCAGCUCUACCCCAGGCAGCUCUACCCCAGGCAGCUCUACCCCAGGCAGCUCAACUCCAGGAAGUUCGACUCCAGGAAGUUCGACUCCAGGAAACUCUACCCCAGGAAGCUCUACCCCAGGCAGCUCAACUCCAGGAAGUUCGACUCCAGGAAACUCUACUCCAGGAUCAUCCGCCCCAGGAGCAUCCCAAGGAGUUUCAACUACCCCUAACCUUCCAGCCACGAGUGCAACACCCGCUGUCCCAACCCCUUUUGCAACCACCGCCGCAACUCCAGGUGUCUACACCAUCCCUGCGACAACCGUUACUUUGACUGAGUCCACCACUGUCUGUGGUGCUACAUCAACUGCUCUUCCAACUCCAGGAACCUACACUGUAGGAGGUGUCACUACUGUCGUAACUACAGAGACAACAAUCGUAUGCCCAUACGCUGCUAUCACAACCACAGAUGGUGUUGUUACAAGCACUAUUUUGACAACUACUUAUGUUUGCCCAGCCGCAGGAACAUACACAAUCAACCCAUUGACCACUACCGUUACUGAACCCGCCGUAUGGGUCUACCCAACCCCUGCUUCCUUUGCUCCAGGAACAUACACUCAACCUGAAGUUGUAACCACCAUUACUGAGACUAACGUUGUUGUUUUCUGCCCAUACUCCUCUUCAGCUUACACAAUUGUUGAUGCAACAUUACCAGCAAGCACAUAUGCCCAAGCCACCACAGCCCCAGCUCCAGUUUCCACUUCCGUUGCAGUCCCAGUCGUCGCACCAUCCUCAAGCGUUGUUCCCGUUGUUGCAUCUUCCGUCGCAUCUUCCGUCGCAUCUCCAUCUGCUUCUUCUUCGUCCUCUUCCGGUAACGGAGGUGGCGUAGGAAGCAGUGGCAAUCAAUGGGCCAUGACUUACUCACCAUACCAAAAUUCCGGAGCUUGCAAGACUGCCGACCAAGUUUCUACUGAUGUAGCUCUCAUUGCUGCCAAGGGUUUCAAAGCCAUUCGUAUGUACAGCACUGAUUGCUCAGGACUAGAAAACAUUGGUAGCGCCGCUAAAACCGCUGGUAUUAAGUUGAUUAUUGGUAUCUUCAUUAGCGAAACUGGAGUUUCCGGAGCUGCUAGUCAAGUUACUGACCUUAUUGCUUGGGGACAAUGGUCUCUCGUUGAGCUCAUCGUCGUUGGUAAUGAAGCUAUCUUCAAUGGUUACGCAUCUGCUACCGAACUUGCUGGGUUCAUCAGCUCCUCCAGCUCAUCCUUCAAGAGCUCUGGAUACACCGGUCAAGUUACCACCACCGAGCCCCUCAACAUCUGGCAAGAAUACACUAGCACUCUUUGCGCAGUCGUUGAUAUUACUGGUGCCAAUCUCCACCCAUUCUUCAAUGCUCAAACCACCGCCGAGAAUGCCGGUAAAUUCGCUCUCUCCCAACUCGAGCUCGCUGAAAGCAUGUGCGCCGGAAAAUCCGCAGUUAACCUCGAGUGUGGAUGGCCAUCCGCCGGAAGCUGUAACGGACUAGCCUGCCCAGGUGCUUCCGAGCAGAGCAUCGCCAUUGCAAGCAUCGUCGAAUUGUGCGGUGGACGCACCACCAUUUUCAGUUACACCGACGAUUACUGGAAGGCACCUGGAGCCUUCAAUGCCGAACAACAUUGGGGUUCUAUCCACCUUUUCUAGAUAUCGGCUAGAGAACAGUAGAAUUCUACAUGUAUGACAACACAAGGUCACCUCAUAAAAAAUUUUCCUUGUUUACAUCAUCAUAUCAUACCAUAUCAUAUCAUAUGAGGCAUAGCAUAGCAUGAGCGAGCAAAAGGCAUUUUACGUACGACUCGGUAGACAAUACUAGGAUUGAGAACUGAGGACUGAGGAUAUAUUUAUUUUUCUUUUAUCAUUUUCUUUUUUUUUCGCGUGGCUUGUGUGGCCUGUAGAGCUUUGGGUUGGGUGUUGCUGGUUGCAUUUUUUGUAUUGCGCGUAGAAAAGAGUAACUACUAUACAUAAUAUUAUAUAUACACAUAUACACAUACAUACAUACAUAUAGAUAGAUAUUGAAGGCUUAAGUCCUGGCUCAUACUAUAUUU